UUUAUUUCCUUUAUUUAUUUAAUUUUUUUUUUUUGGAGUAGAGAGUGACAGAUGGCGGCGGGUCCCGGGGGAGCCGGCUCUCCCCCAGUGCAGACGCAUGCCAAUCACCGUCUCUCAUGUGAUAGCUGCUGCCCGUGACGUGCCAAGCCCAUAUGGCCUGGCAUAGAGGCUGGUACCCCGCCUGGUAGAGAUGCCACACUCGCUCCGCGGUUCGCAUGGCGCUCUGAAGACGCCGGCGCCCGCCGCCUUGAGGAGCCGCUGCCCCCGCUCCCUGAAGAUGGGGGAACAAUGAAAUAAGCGAGAAGAUCCCGCUUCUCCCCCCUCUCUCUCUUGCCCCCUCCCCCCCUCCCCUCCCCUCUCCCCUUGACUCCUCUCCGAGGCACCAUGCUGACCCGCCUGUUCAGCGAGCCCGGCCUUCUCUCGGACGUCCCCAAGUUCGCCAGCUGGGGCGACGGCGAAGACGACGAGCCGAGGAGCGACAAGGGCGACGCGCCGCCACCGCCACCGCCUGCGCCCGGGCCGGGGGCUCCGGGGCCAGCCCGGGCGGCCAAGCCAGUUCCUCUCCGUGGAGAAGAGGGGCCGGAGGCCACGUUGGCCGAGGUCAAGGAGGAAGGCGAGCUGGGGGGCGAGGAGGAGGAGGAAGAGGAGGAGGAAGAAGGACUGGACGAGGCGGAGGGCGAGCGGCCCAAGAAGCGCGGACCCAAGAAGCGCAAGAUGACCAAGGCGCGCUUGGAGCGCUCCAAGCUUCGGCGACAGAAGGCGAACGCGCGGGAGCGCAACCGCAUGCACGACCUGAACGCAGCCCUGGACAACCUGCGCAAGGUGGUGCCCUGCUACUCCAAGACGCAGAAGUUGUCCAAGAUCGAGACGCUGCGCCUAGCCAAGAACUACAUCUGGGCGCUCUCGGAGAUCCUGCGCUCCGGCAAGCGGCCAGACCUAGUGUCCUACGUGCAGACUCUGUGCAAGGGUCUGUCGCAGCCCACCACCAAUCUGGUGGCCGGCUGUCUGCAGCUCAACUCGCGCAACUUCCUCACGGAGCAAGGCGCCGACGGUGCCGGCCGCUUCCACGGCUCGGGCGGCCCGUUCGCCAUGCACCCCUACCCGUAUCCGUGCUCGCGCCUGGCGGGCGCACAGUGCCAGGCGGCCGGCGGCCUGGGCGGCGGCGCGGCGCACGCCCUGCGGACCCACGGCUACUGCGCCGCCUACGAGACGCUGUAUGCUGCGGCAGGCGGUGGCGGCGCGAGCCCGGACUACAACAGCUCCGAGUACGAGGGCCCGCUCAGCCCCCCGCUCUGUCUCAAUGGCAACUUCUCGCUCAAGCAGGACUCCUCGCCCGACCACGAGAAAAGCUACCACUACUCUAUGCACUACUCGGCGCUGCCCGGCUCGCGGCCCACGGGCCACGGGCUAGUCUUCGGCUCGUCGGCUGUGCGCGGGGGCGUCCACUCGGAGAAUCUCUUGUCUUACGAUAUGCACCUUCACCACGACCGGGGCCCCAUGUAUGAGGAGCUCAAUGCGUUUUUUCAUAACUGAGACUUCGCGCCGGCUCCCUUCUUUUUCUUUUGCCUUUGCCCGCCCCCCUGUCCCCAGCCCCCAGAGCGCAGGGACACCCCCACCGACCCCAGCGCCGGGCGCGGGGAGCGGGCCACCGGUCCUGCCGCUCUCCUGGGGCAGCGCAGUCCUGUUACCUGUGGGUGGCCCGUCCCAGGGGCCUCGCUUCCCCCAGGGGACUCGCCUUCUCUCUCCCCAAGGGGUUCCCUCCUCCUCUCUCCCAAGGAGUGCUUCUCCAGGGACCAGUCUCCGGGCGCUCCCGGGAGACACCCCUCCCCCAUUCCCAAUAUCUUCGCUGAGGUUUCCUCCUCCCUGCAGGCCCAAGGCGUUGGUAAGGGGGCAGCUGAGCGAUGGAACGCGUUUUACCCUCUCAUUAUUAUUUUAAAAACAGACACCCAGCUGCAGAGGCAAAAAGGAGCCAGGCGCUCCCUCUUUCUUGGAGAGGGUAGAAGUCAGGGCGCCGGAGCCCGGGCCUGGAACGCCCUCACCCCCAACCUCCAGUCUCCGCGUUUUGCGAUUUUAAUUUUGGCGGGAGGGGAAGCAGAUUGAGAGGAGAGAGAGGCCAAGAAAAUUUGUAACUAGAAUCUGUUUUUCCCUUUUCCUUUUUUUAAACAAACAAACAUACAAAAGAAAAAAAAAAAAAAAAAAAGGCUAAGAGGCGACGGAAGC